CCGCUGGGGUUGCCUCCCUCGACUGCGGUCGCGGGCGCUCGCGAGUCCGCGCCUCAGGAGGGAGCGGCCGGUGGGCCCGCAUCCUGUCCGUGGGGUUCGAGGCUGGGCUGCCGCGGCCGCCUCCUUCUGGUGCCUGGGCCGCCCUGAGGAGCCGGGCCGGGGCACGGCUGACUGACCGGCCCCGGGGAGCCGAGACCGCUGGAGGCGAAGGCGGAGGCGCACGUCUGGCGGUCUCCUGGACCGGGAGGAGGCCGAGGGGACCAUGUCCGGGAGGAACCUCCACCUCUCCACCACCGAACGCGUCAUCAAAGCUGUCCCUUUUCCUCCAACACAGCGGCUUACUUUGAAGGAAGUAUUUGAGAAUGGGAAACCUAAAAUUGAUGUUUUGAAAAACCAUUUGGUGAAGGAAGGGCGACUGGAAGAGGAAGUAGCCUUAAAGAUAAUCAAUGAUGGGGCUGCCAUCCUGAGACAAGAGAAGACUAUGAUAGAAGUAGAUGCUCCAAUCACAGGUCUGUUUUUUUUCGUAGUAUGUGGUGACAUUCAUGGACAGUUUUUUGACCUGAUGAAGUUGUUUGAAGUUGGAGGAUCACCUAGUAAUACACGCUACCUCUUUCUGGGUGACUAUGUGGACAGAGGCUAUUUCAGUAUAGAGUGUGUGCUGUUUUUAUGGAGUUUAAAGAUUAAUCAUCCCAAAACAUUGUUUCUGCUUCGAGGAAAUCAUGAAUGCAGGCAUCUUACAGAAUAUUUCACCUUCAAACAGGAAUGUCGAAUCAAAUAUUCUGAACAGGUGUAUGAUGCGUGUAUGGAAACAUUUGACUGUCUUCCUCUUGCUGCCCUCUUAAACCAGCAGUUUCUGUGUGUACAUGGAGGAAUGUCACCUGAAAUUACUUGUUUAGAUGACAUUCGGAAAUUAGACAGGUUUAAAGAACCUCCAGCCUUUGGGCCAGUGUGUGACCUGCUUUGGUCUGAUCCCUCAGAGGAUUAUGGCAAUGAAAAGACCUUGGAACACUAUACCCACAACACGGUCCGAGGGUGCUCUUAUUUUUACAGUUACCCUGCAGUUUGUGAAUUUUUGCAGAACAAUAAUCUGUUAUCAAUAAUCAGAGCCCAUGAAGCCCAAGAUGCUGGGUAUCGAAUGUACAGGAAGAGCCAAACGACAGGCUUUCCAUCACUCAUUACUAUUUUCUCUGCCCCCAAUUACCUAGAUGUCUAUAACAAUAAAGCUGCUGUGUUAAAAUAUGAAAACAAUGUCAUGAAUAUCAGGCAGUUUAACUGUUCUCCACACCCAUACUGGCUUCCAAACUUUAUGGAUGUUUUCACGUGGUCUUUGCCUUUUGUUGGGGAAAAAGUCACAGAGAUGCUGGUUAACAUUCUCAACAUAUGCUCUGAUGAUGAAUUGAUUUCCGAUGAUGAAAUUGAAGAUCACUACAUUUCAAGCUAUCAGAAAGGAGGCACUACAGUUCGAAAGGAGAUCAUCAAGAAUAAAAUCAGAGCCAUUGGGAAGAUGGCACGGGUCUUUUCAAUUCUUCGGGAAGAGAGUGAGAGUGUGCUGACUCUCAAGGGCCUGACUCCUACAGGUACACUCCCUUUGGGUGUACUCUCAGGAGGAAAGCAGACUAUUGAGACAGCCACAGUAGAAGCGGUAGAGGCCCGGGAAGCCAUCAGAGGGUUUUCGCUUCAGCACAGGAUCCGGAGUUUUGAAGAAGCCCGAGGUCUGGACCGAAUUAAUGAGCGGAUGCCACCCCGCAAAGAUAGCCAGUACUUUGAUGGGCCGGUGAAAUUAGUCCAACCAAACGCUGCGCACAGGAGUGACAAGGGGAGAAGAGCCAGUAAUGACUCAGAGCCCUGCUGUGGCACAGGUGGAUCCAAGACUUAACAAUCAAUUUUAUUUAUUUAUUAUUGGAAAACAAAACAAAAACAACUGAAACAACUUAAACCUGGAGGUGCAUUCAUAAUACACUCUGCAUUUACUCUGUAAGAAAGGUGACCAUUUUAUAAAUUCUUUUAAUUUAUGUUUAAUAUAUACAUAAAAAGUGAAUGUGUUUUGUUUUUCCUUUUUUUCCCCCCCUAAUUUUUAGGAACUGAUCUGAUUGUCUGAUACAUAGUGAAGUCUUGUGCUAUAAAGGGGACCUUCCCCCUAAUAAAAGGGCCUUGGAAACCUCUACCCUGGGUUUCUGACUUGAA